CAUGGCCCUCUUGUCACGUUGCCGCAGUACUCAACAUAUCCCAGUAUAAAACAGGAGCCAAACCAUGGAAACAUGACCCAUGAGCAUACUCCAACCACCAUGGACUCUCCCUCCUCCUCUUCUUCCAACAAUCACCACCCACAUCCACCCCCUUCUCUCCUCUCCUUUCUAGCUGUCUUCAAAAACGUCCUCAACCAAGAGCUAAUCAGGAGUGUGCAUGCCUACCGAGUCUUUCCAGAGGAGGAAGGCGACGAAAGAGAGGUGUGCGUGGAGAGGGAGUUCCUCUUCUCACCCACCUCCUACCUCGAGAUCACUGUGCCGAUCCCCCGCCAGCUCCUCCUGGUAGAUCCAAUGGUGGCUGAUAGCAUCUGCCACCGGCCAAGGUUCCAUGAGGGGCAAACUAUUGGCCUUUGGCUUUGUAUUCUUGCAUUCGACUCUGCCGCUCCUGCCACCUCCUCAAAGCCUCCUCACAUCCCUCCUAUCCUCUCCUUCUCCAGAAAUUCAAGAUUAAAGUCUGUGCCGACUUUGUCCUGUGAUCUUCAAAAGGUUUUCCAAUUAAGAUGUGAAGCAGAAAACCAAGAGCUGAGGCAUGUUGCUUCAGAAGAAAUCUUUGUGGACAAAGAAAAUGAGUUUUCUCAGCCAAUGAAAAAUGUAUCUGAUUACCAUGAAGAUCGAGUCUUGCACUCUUGUCCUAUAAUCAAACAAGCAAUAUCAGAGAAUCAACGGACUGAUGAAAUUGCACCUGAAGUUGGAGCAUCCAUGAAGAAGAAAAGAGCUGCAGCAGAGCAUGUAGCUAGCAUUUCUUUAACUGAUCUUGUUAAGUACUUCAAUCUCCCAAUCAUAGAAGCUUCAAAAAGUUUGAAUGUUGGAUUGACUGUACUGAAGAGGAAAUGUAGAGAAUUUGGUAUACCUCGGUGGCCACAUCGGAAGAUUAAGUCUCUUGACACUCUUAUACACAAUCUCCAGGAAGAGGUUCAUAGACAGGAAAAGGAGGACAAAGCAGCUGCAGCCAGAGCAGCCACUAAGAGGAAGCGAAUGCUAGAAACCGAAAAGGAGGGUAUUGAAAGGAGCCCUUUCAUGGAGUUGCAGGGAGAAACCAAGAGGUUUAGGCAAGAUGUUUUUAAAAGAAGACAUAAAGAAAAAGUUCUAAGCAAGAAAUGCCAGCAACUUUCUCUUGAGGUUCACAACUGCUUCCACAACUGAGUAAAUCAAAUGGUGUAGAGUUGCUUUUGCUAUAUUACCAAUCACUUGCAAGAAGAAAGAGAGACAUUAUGUCAUGAUUUGCUCUAAAGCAUAAUAACAUUUCAUAUAUUUCUCUUAUUCCACUUCAGCAUUUA